CUCCGCGGGGCGGGGGGCGCGGGGCGGGGCGCGGGCCGAGCUGCGGGCGCUCUGGACAUGUCGGGCCCGCGCGCCGGCUUCUACCGGCAGGAGCUGAACAAGACGGUGUGGGAGGUGCCGCAGCGGCUGCAAGGGCUGCGCCCGGUGGGCUCGGGCGCCUACGGCUCCGUCUGCUCGGCCUACGACACGCGGCUGCGCCAGAGGGUGGCGGUGAAGAAGCUGUCGCGCCCCUUCCAGUCGCUGAUCCACGCGCGGAGGACGUACCGCGAGCUGCGGCUGCUCAAGCACCUGAAGCACGAGAACGUCAUCGGGCUGCUGGACGUGUUCACGCCGGCCACCUCCCUCGAGGACUUCAGCGAAGUGUACCUGGUGACCACGCUGAUGGGCGCCGACCUGAACAACAUCGUCAAGUGCCAGGCGCUGAGCGACGAGCACGUUCAGUUCCUGGUGUACCAGCUGCUGCGCGGGCUGAAGUACAUCCACUCGGCGGGGAUCAUCCACCGGGACCUGAAGCCCAGCAACUUGGCUGUGAACGAGGACUGCGAGCUGCGGAUCCUGGACUUCGGGCUCGCGCGCCAGGCGGACGAGGAGAUGACUGGCUACGUGGCCACGCGCUGGUACCGGGCCCCUGAGAUCAUGCUGAACUGGAUGCACUACAACCAGACAGUGGACAUCUGGUCUGUGGGCUGCAUCAUGGCCGAGCUGCUCCAGGGAAAGGCCCUCUUCCCGGGAAAUGACUACAUCGACCAGCUGAAGCGCAUCAUGGAGGUGGUGGGCACACCCAGCCCCGAGGUUCUGGCCAAGAUAUCGUCAGAACACGCCCGGACCUACAUCCAGUCCCUGCCCCACAUGCCCCGGAAGGACCUCAGGAGCAUCUUCCAUGGAGCCAACCCCCUGGCUGUGGACCUCCUGGGAAGGAUGCUGGUGCUGGACAGUGACCAGAGGGUCAGUGCAGCCGAGGCCCUGGCCCAUGCCUACUUCAGCCAGUACCACGACCCCGACGAUGAGCCCGAGGCCGAGCCCUACGACGAAAGCGUUGAGGCCAAGGAGCGCACGGUGGAGGAGUGGAAGGAGCUCACCUACCAGGAAGUCCUCAGCUUCGAGCCCCCAGAGCCACCGCAGCCGCCUGGCAGCCUGGACGUUAAGCAGUGAGGGGAAUGCGGCUCGCCAGCCGCACUCGGACCCGAGGAGGGGCCUGAGCCCACCUGCCC